UCAAGAGUGUUGGACAGUGUUUUGUUUUGCCUCUAGCUAUACCUACAUAUAAAGUACCUAGGUACCUACCUUUAUUAUAACAGUUGUUAAAUUACCUUUCCUAAUUAUUAAAUAUGGAUUUCAACGAUAAAGUAGUGCUUAUAACUGGCGCUAGCUCGGGUCUCGGGGCCGCAACAGCUAUCCACUUGUCAAAACAAUCAGCGAAACUGGUGCUAGUGGGCCGCAAAGAAAAUAAUUUGAAGAAAAUCGCGUUAUAUUGCGAAAAGGCUAAAGGAAUAAAACCACACGCGAUUGUGGCUGAUGUUACUGUCGAUGAAGAUUUGGAAAGAAUUAUUAAUGAAACUAUAGAAAAUUUCGGAAAACUAGAUGUGUUGGUUAACAACGCCGGCGUAACUGCAAUGGGUGGGAUUAAAAAGUCGGAUAUGGCCAGUUAUGAUAAAAUAAUGUCCGUAAAUACGAGGGCCGUUUUUCAUCUAACGAUGCUAGCAACUCCUCAUCUGGUACAGAGUAAGGGAUGCAUCGUUAACGUGUCCAGCAUCACAAGCACGAGACCUAACACUAUCUCCUUAGCUUACAAUAUGUCAAAAGCGGCUUUGGAUCAAUUUACUAAAUGCGUCGCUUUAGAGUUGGCGCCGGACGGAGUGCGAGUUAAUGCCGUCAAUCCUGGUUUCGUAAAAACCAACAUAAUAAAAGAUAUCGGCUUAACAGAAGACCAAAUAGAUAUGUUCGCAAAAAAUGUAGCAUCAGGAACACCGCUCAAGAAGAUAGUGGAAGCGAAUGAGGUUGCCUCUUUAAUAGCUUAUCUAGCGAGCGAUGCUUCAAAAAGCAUCACAGGUUGUUGUUAUCCCAUAGAUGGUGGUCGAUUAUUGGUUUAGGAUGUUUCCUAUGUCAUACCAUUAUAUUUUCUCAGGCAGUAUUCCUUCUUUAUUCACUCGCGACAAUACAUUAUUUCGUAAGUCGCUUAUUAUAAGCGACUUACGAAAUUAUGUACCUAUAUAAUGUCAUAGAUAUUAUAUUUUCUAGUCAUAGAUAUUUACAAAAAACAUAAUUUUCAUUAACUUUAUCUACCUAUUUAAAAUGCAUUUUAUUUUUAUACUAAACUACUAAUUACCUAUUAGUUAGAUUCGAAAUAAUGAUCAAACUUGUUGCAAUUCUAUUAAAUUAUAUGAGAUUAAAUAUUA